AUGAGUUCUUAAAAUGCAGAAGUUGUUUAGCCAUACCUUGUAUUAUCAUAAUCAGGAGAUAAAAAUGAAGAAUCAAUUUAGGAUUCAUAAUUUUGUUCGAAGGUGUUUGAAAUACAAUAUUCUGAAUAAUAUGUAGAAUUAGAUAAUGCUUGUUUAUUCAGAAUAUUGUAUUAGGCUCAUCCAAAUAAAAAUACAGCAAUAAAAGUGAAUGUUGGUUUGUUGUAUAGUUAGAUAGUGGAGAGUGAGAAUGCAGUUUUAUAGAUGUAAUAAGUGAGUAGUUUUGAAUGUAUAAUAAAUAAUGCACAUGAAGGGGUUUAAUAAGGAGUGGAUAUAGUAUUUGAUAACAAUCAUUUAUGUACAUCAAAGAUGUAUAUCUACACAAUGAUAUUGGAUUAUAGAUUUACUGGAGGAGUGAAUGGAUUUUAAGAGUUUCUAAAGAAUAAGACUAAUAAUUGUAAUUUAAUUUAGUUAAUGGUUUUUAGUUGAUUAAGAGUAGGUGAAUUUGUUUAUUGGAGAAUAUGUUGAUUCUCUUGGAUCCAUUUAAACAAAGUAUCGUAAUCUAUUGAUUUAAAUUAUUAAUUAAUUGAAGGAUAAGAAUAUUUAGAUGCAACAUUUGAUGAAGAUUCCUAUAGUAUAGACAGCUAAAUUUAAAUCUAAUUUAUAGACAAAAAGUUUAGGUGAAGAUUGUUUGUUGAUUAUUAAUUAAUUGGGAUAAUCCUUAUUUUCAUUAUGGAAUUAAUUUUAAUAGUUACUUAAUCAUUCUAGAAAUUAUUUAAUGGAAUCAAUAGAUAAUAAAAUAUUAUAAAAUUGUAAAAAGUUAUCAGGAGAGUAAGUGAUAUCUAAUUAGAUUACAUUUGAAGAAAUAUAGAUAUAAAUUUAAUUACCAUUAUUGAAGUAGAGAGAAGAAAUUUGGUAUUAGGCAAGAAAAGAUUAGAGGAUGAAAAUAUAGAAUGUUUAAAUAUUAGAUUAAUUUUAUUAUGAAUCAAUUAAUUUACCUUUCUUUUUUGAGGAUGUAGUAUGUUCAUUAUAAGCAAUUAAUUAAUUUUAAUAAUAAUAGAUAAAUAGAAAACAUGUGAUUGUAUUAGUACAUGGAUAUUAAGGUACAUCAGCUGAUUUAUAAAUUUGGAAGAAUUAUUUAAAAAUAAAAUUUGCAAAUCAUUUAAUAAUUUAAUCUGGAAUAAAUGAGGAUGAUACAGAAAAUAAUAUUUCACUUAUGGCUCAUAAAUUAGCUUAAGAAGUUAUUAGUUAAAUUUAAGAGAAAACUCAUUUAAAAUAAUAAAUUUAGCUUUCUUUUAUAGGUCAUUCAUUAGGUGGAGUAUUAAUAAGAUGUGCUUUAUAACAUUUAAAUAAAUAUUAAGAUUGUAUGCAUACAUUUAUUAGUUUGGGUUCACCUCAUGUUGGAUUAGGAAUUCAAUAAUCAUCUUUAAUAGAAACUGGUUUAUGGUUUAUGAAAGCAUUUAGAAAAGAUGAUUAAAAGAUUUGUUUGAAUUAAAUGACAUUAUGUGAUGAUAAAGAUAUUUAAAAAACCUUUUUUUAUAGAUUAUCAUAGAAUUCUAAAUUAAGUUGGUUUAAGAAUGUUAUUAUGGCUUUUUCAUUAUAAGAUAGUUAUGUUCCAUUUUCAUCAGCAACUUUAACUAAAAUAAAAGAAUCAGGGUAAUAUUUAAUUAUAUAUUGAAUAGUGAUCGAGAAAUAGCUCAUAAUAAAAUGGUAGAUUCAGUAUUAUAGUAAUUACCAUAAAUUUUAAUUAAAACUUCAGUUUUCUUUCCAAAUAUGAAAACUAAUCUAGAUAAAAUGAUAGGUCGUGCUGCUCAUAUUGAGUUCAUAGAUAACAGCUACUUUAUAAGACUGUUUAUUGAUUAUUAUUACGAAUAUUUGUUGUGA